CGAACGACAUGCAGGUCCAAGUGGCCUUCAUGAGUGGACCUGACCACGGCAUGGCAAGACGUCGCGUAUGCCAGCGAGAACGACACUUUUACCCACUGCGCGAGGCGGAUGGCAUGCCCCACCACUUCGUCCACGGAAGUCGUUGUUGUGCACGGCAUCGAAACGGUCUUAUGUGGUCGCUCCAUGCCUCGACUUUAAUUGUGACCCCAACGACGAAUUUAAGCAUGACGAUGGCGAGUUGAUCUACAAUGGCCAGGACCUUCCAUCAACCGUGCGAUCCAAUGUCGACGUGUACAACACCAGCGACGACAACGGCCUCGACCGAGAUGGAAGCGUCGAACAUGCGGGGACAUCCCACCUCAAGAAUAAGAGCCACCAAAGCACGCACUCGUUGGACGGCAUUCAACGUGCUACCAGCUCGCUCAGAUCACAUCCAAGACGGACGACACCCUCCGACUCGUCUGUCGAAGCGAUUACCAGAACUCCACUUGGCGCAUCCUUGGCCAUGUCCUACAAUUCAUCAUAAGGACCAAUACUAUAUUGAAUCAAGUAGUGUACAAUUCGCCCUACAUGGGCCUGGUGGUGGGUCGUGGGAGCUGGUCAUUCAGCGCGCACGGUGAUCGCAGAGGAAGCGUUGUUUUGUACUAGUAGUGGAUCGGUCUAACGGAAAAAGGCAUGGUUUGGAUGCUGGCAGCCUUCUUGGAGUUCCGGUGUUGGGGGUACAUAUAUCUUUACGAGUAUGCGUUUGCGCGCGACGCAGCGUCCAAGACAGCAAAGGCGACCGGUGUUGAGCCCAUGACUUGAUGCUGUUGAUGGUAGUGUUCGCUGCGCAAGAUUCGCCCGCUCCUUCAUGAAGCUCGAUGACGACUCGUCCCCUUUGCGACAUCACUGCAACGAGUGAGCUGGUAGAGGGAAGGCCCUGGAAGCCUAGCAUGGCUCCCAUGGUUCCGCCGCG